UGGCUCAUUUGAAUCUAGUGAGGGAGGAGGAGAACACCUCCGUUCCUCUUGUUACCAGAGCUGAUAUAUCUCAGCCUCCGAGAAACGCUCCUCUAAUCUCACAUCAGCGGGACCGUGAGCGUCACAUCCCCAUGAUAGAGGAGGGAAAGCCUGUCUGCCUUUGAGGCUAUCAGGGGAAAAACGGAGACAUACCGGGAGCUUCUCCAGUAGAAGUUCAGAACGAGAGAAAAAGAGAUAGAUAGAUAGAAAGAAAGAAAAGUGUUAUUUUUAUAUUUUAUUUCUCUACAGAUUAGCCAAUUCAUCAAACAUCAAACAUGACUAGAAGAUCAUGUGCCAUUUACGCCACCGGGAUCGUGUGCGCUCAUUUGCUCAUAUUGGGAAUCGCCCUUCUGGUGGCUCAAGUCUUCCAAACAAUGAUUCAGGAACGGAUAAAAAAGGAGAUCACACUGGCUGAGAACAGUAGAGUAUUGGAGGGCUGGAUAAAUCCACCACCACCUGUUUACAUGCAGUAUUUCUUCUUCAAUGUUACCAACCCAGAUGAGUUUUUGGCCGGGAAGGAGAAGCCCAAAGUCACUCAAAUAGGGCCAUAUACCUACAGGGAAUAUCGACCCAGGGAAAAUGUCACUUUUCUUGAGAAUGGGACGAAAAUCUUUGCCACAAAUCCCAAGAGCUUUGUGUUUCUUCGCAACAUGUCAUCGGGAGAUCCUGAGGUUGACCGUGUGAUAACGGUUAACAUUCCAUUCAUUGCCGUGAUGAACGAGUUAAACUCCUACUCCUUCUUUCUGAGGUCUGCUGUGUCCAUGUGGAUGGGAUCCAUGGGCAUCGAGGUGUUUAUGAAUCGCACAGUCCAUGAGGUCCUGUGGGGUUUCAAAGAUCCGCUGCUGUCCAAACUCCACGCCUUCAGACCAGAAGUGGAUGAGCAUUUCGGCCUGAUGUACAAUAAAAAUGGAACCCAUGAGGGUGAAUUUGUCUUCCACACUGGAGAGAAGAACUACAUGAACUAUGGCAAGAUUGACACGUGGAAUGGCAUCAGUCAGAUGAACUGGUGGUCGUCUAACCAGAGCAACAUGAUCAAUGGUACCGAUGGCAGUGUCUUCCACACCUUCCUGUCCAGGAAAGAGCUCCUCUACAUCUUUGCUGCUGAUCUGUGCAGAUCCAUUCAUUUGGGUUACGUGGCUGACAAAGAGGUGAAGGGCAUCCCUGCCUUCCGCUUCGCCCCUCCUUCGGAUGUACUCGCGCCCCCAGAUGAGAACCCCAGUAACGCUGGCUUCUGCGUGCCUGCUGGGGAUUGUCUAGGAAAAGGAGUCCUCAAAGUCAGCGUCUGUCGGCAAGGUGCACCCAUUGUUGUGUCAUUCCCUCAUUUCUACCAAGCUGAUGAGAGAUACAUCAAAGCCAUUGACGGAAUGAACCCAAAUGAGGAAGAACACGAAACAUACCUCGACAUCAACCCGACCACAGGGGUUCCCAUUCGUGCCUGUAAAAGAGCUCAGCUCAAUGUCAUACUGAAGCGAGUCUCUGGCUUCCCCAAAACAAAAUUCCUGAAUGAGACAAUUUUCCCCAUCAUGUAUGUCAAUGAGACCGCUACUAUUGACGAUGAGUCUGCAGCCCAGAUGAGGACGCUUCUGCUGAUUGUAACAAUUGUGUCCAACUUCCCAGUCAUCAUUGUGGGACUGGGGGCCAUUUUACUUGUGGUCCUGAUCUUCCUCGUCUGCAGGAACCGCCAGAGAAAGAAUGAAGUAAAACGUAUUGAUUUUACUGAAGCUUUUCAUUCUUUUGCUACGGCGAAGGAUGAAACCGCUUAUACCCAAGUGAGCAACCAAGCGGAGGAUUCGCCAGAGAACCGCACCAAUCAGCCUUCGAAGAACGGAUCUUACAUCGCCAUGUCCCCAGUAGAGGCGCAGAAGUGUUGAUGAAGAUGACACGUCUAUCCUCAACACCCUUUUUAUAUGUUAGUUUCCACUGUGCGAUUUGUCUUCGGGGACCAGGCCCCCGCACCCUCACCACCGUUUGCCAAGGGUCACUUAUUUGACUUGUGACUUUUUUUGUUUCCUUGAGCAUGGCCUUCCAAACUGCCAUAUCUUCGAUCAAAACAUAUGUAAACUCAAAGCACCCACUUCAGUUUCAAACAACCGUCUCUGGGUUCCCAGAGGCUUCUGUUGCCUAGUCCUGAGAGGCCUGAAACACACUCUCUUGCCUUUUGAAAAUGGAUAUAUGCAUUGCAUGCUCACAGAGUCCAUAGUUCCUGAAGGGUCAUAAACCCUUUCAGCAUGAGAGAGCGUGAAGGGUUUGCAGCCUGUGCUCUUAAAGUGUUUCAGAUCUCUUCCCACACUACUGUAUACAGGUCUACACAGGCAGACCUUGAACUAACACAGCUCUACAUACAUCAGACCCUUUGAUAAUGAGCAGAUAAACUAUUGAUUUACCUCCUCUUAAGAGUAUUAGAGAGCUAAAAGGUCUAAUAUGCUAACAAAACACUGGGUCUUAUCCAGAACUUGUGUGUGCGUCUGAUUGUACAUACCAGAGUGUGUGUGUGUGUGUGUGUGUGUGUGUGCGUGUUUCUGCAGGCAUGUCAAUGCUUGCAUGUUUUUGUCACACUGUGGUGAACUGCUCUGGUGGGUCACCAUCCACCGUUUUGCACGAUGCAGUGUGACAACAAGUGGAAACUAGUGACUUCAGCGGUCCUCUUCAUUUCACAGUAUCUGAGUCAUGUUUUUUCUGAUGCCAGAAACAUUUCAGUGAUCAUGGCUGGUCAGACAGUCUCCUUUAAGGCAUCGUAUUACAGACAUCGUACUAGCUUUCAGCAUUUCAUAAUGAACGAACAACUGACGUAGAACACUCACAAGCGAGACUUGAAUUGCUCUGCCUUACAGAUACUUACGAACACAAUGUGAAUCAGCUGCAUGGUAAAGGAAGGUAUAAGGUGGAACUAGACGAUGUCAGACAGAUAAUGGCCAAUCAGUGGCGGACUUUGAACUACGUCCAUCGCUUUUCACAGCAAAACACGUCUGUUCUGUAAUCUCGAGAGCACAACUACAGUCCAGCGAACCCACAGUCGAAUCGGAGCAGAAGGGAUUAAAAGUCAGCAGGUUUUUGAGGGGUAAUCUGUGAAGUUUGCACAUUUUUUCUGUGCACGUUUGGUUUAUAUUAACUGCUUGUGUCUGUUGAGUUUAUUUUUGUGUUGCUUUUUAUGUUCUGAGCCUUUGCUAUUGCUAAAAAAAAUUUAAUUGAGGCCAUAUUUUAAAUCAACUUAAACAGGAUGUGAUAGCUGCACACUUGACAAAAUAUCACUAAAGAUGAAUCGUCAUAUUAGUGUCUGUUUGUCCAAAUGAAUCUUUUUGGUUGUCUGUCUGAAGUUGCCAUAACCCAUGAGUGUGUUUACACUCGUAUGUAUCAGUAAAUCAUUCCCAUUUUGGUGAUUCUUGUUGGAAUGAUUGAUGUUUGUUACUUUUAUUUGACGUAAACUAUCUGUUACUAAUUGCGACCGCGGUUUUCGUGGAUUGCAGUGCACACUGUUGCGUAUUUGCCCGUGCCAUGGAUUUAGCUUAUCUUUAAGAAUUAGUGCAAGGAUUAAACUGGAAAUGCUGUGUAUGCGCCGUGUCUUAUGCAGCUGUAUGAGAACAGAAAACUGAGAGAAAGUAAUUCAAGCUUUAGUGUAAUGAACUACCUGUCCAUUGGAGUGGCUCUUUGAGUUCUGUUGUCCGCGCAGUUAGUAUAUACAUUUAUGUGAAAUGGUCUUUGCUCAGCUCCAUCUGUAAAAGACCCCGCUGGACUAUUUUGGUGAGACGUAACAUGUGACUUGAGUAUGAACGAUUUAAGAACCUGAGCCAUUUCUAUACAGUUUCCAGAUUCCUUGUGGUGACUUUUGCCCCUAUAUGCUUGACCAAAGAUUACAUCGGUUUGGUAGAUAACUGGUUUGUUUGCUUUCCAUACAGAUAGCUGCAGUGCCAUUGAUAUCCCAUUUACAAGAGCAUAAGAACCUCAUGUGAGGACAAAUAAGAAAAACAAAAUAUUUUCCAGAGCAUACUAUGUGUGUUUAUAAUAUGUUUAAUACAGCAAAGAACUUAAGAUGUAUGACGAUAUGUAAAAAGCUAAUUUUAUAAUGAAGUAAAAAAAGUUUUGUAAUCAGGUGAAUAUUUAUGUUUUCAUAUGUUCAAUGGUAUGUACAGUACAUUAUCUGAAUUACUAAGGUCUUUUCUUUGGUCUUGGUCAUUUCUCAAA